ACCGGCAGAGCCCCAUGAGUUUCUGGCCAACAUGCUCAGAGUCAUGAGUUUCCUCAAUUUGUGAUGUCGACCAAGGCGGUCGCCGACGCCCUGAAAGACGGCAACAUCAAGUACGCCAUCGUUGGCGGCGCCUCCCGCCUCCUCCUCGCGCAGCCCGAACACUUUUCCGUUGACGCGCGCACCAACCACACCGUUUACCUCAGCACGCCGCCCGUCGGCAUCCAGAUCAUUGCCCCACCGGCGCUGUUCAGGGAGCCGUUUGACGAGUCGACUGAACCAUCGAGCUGA